GAACUGUCCCGGCCGAGCUCGGGGUUCUGGUCGCCUCGUCGAAUCAUCUGAAUGCCAUGAAUGCUCGGCUUGUCUGCACGAUUUGUAGGCGGGAAAUUUGGUACCACGCGCAGCUAUCUUUGCCGCUCUUCUGGAAACUGAAGAACUAUUCGUUUCCCGUGACUGCAGUUGUGUACCCUCCAGGACGCCAGCUCGGACUUGGAGUGCUCCGCGCCUUGACUCAGUUUCCUCGCGACAUGCUGAUGGAUGCCGGCGACCCGAUCUUUCUCUCCAUCUCAUUCUUGCGGCGACUGAAAAUGAUCAUGACGAUGCACCCAAUCAGCCAGACCAUGGCUCGGAGGCGUCUUGUAUGCCUCUCUCUCAUACGCAAGAUCUGCUCCCGAC